GGGCGGGGUUUGAAUAAGAAUGAGAGGUUUGCUGAAGUGGGGCACAAAAACGACCCAUCACGCAUUGAAGUCGAGCUGUAACGUGUUCUGACCCAUCUCGGUUCCCGGAUUUGUAUCUGAUCCGUGACAGAGCUGGAAUAAGACAUGCCAGCUCCACCCGUGGUUUAAUCGGAUAAGAAAUUUAAGCGGUGCGGUUUCACUGGUCAGACAAAGCGGCAACAGUUUUAGCUCGUUUUUAACCGUUAGAAAGGACACUUUUUGUUCCUGAUGUUGCUCUAAAGCUUCAGAAACGCAUUUAAAGCAUCAGCUUAAGAUGAAUCUACAGCUUGUUUUUAUAGCGGCUCUAUCAGCGGUCCUGUGUGUCAGCCGGGCUCAGCACGAUGUGAGCAUUUGCACCGCGGCCAACGCGCAGUCAUGUGGGGAGUGUAUCCAAGUCUCAGAGACGUGUGGAUGGUGUUCCGAUGAAAAGUUCCUCCAAGUGGGCGAGUCCAAGUCUGCUCGCUGCGAUGAUUUGAAGAGCCUGAAGGAAAGGAAAUGUGACGAGGUGAAGAUUGAGAACCCCCGUGGUGAGGUCACAAUCCUCAAGAACAAACCGGUUACCGUUCGCGUGGGCAACGUCAAACCCAAGCUCAAUGAGAUCACUCAGAUCCAACCUCAGAAACUCUCCCUGAAGCUCCGAUCUGGUGAGCCGCAGACCUUUAAGCUGAAAUUUAAGCGAGCGGAGGACUAUCCCAUCGAUCUUUACUACCUGAUGGACCUCUCCUUCUCCAUGAAAGAUGAUUUGGAAAACGUCAAGAACCUUGGCACUGACCUGAUGAAGGAAAUGAAGAAAAUCACGUCAGACUUCCGAAUCGGUUUCGGCUCCUUUGUCGAGAAGACGGUGAUGCCUUACAUCAGCACCACGCCAGCCAAGCUGCUCAACCCCUGCUCGGGGAACCAGAACUGCACUAGCCCCUUCAGCUACAAGAACGUCCUGAACCUGACAGACGACGGAGACAAGUUCAACAAUCUGGUCAGCCAGCAGCAGAUCUCCGGGAAUCUGGAUUCUCCAGAGGGGGGGUUCGACGCCAUCAUGCAGGUGGCGGUGUGCGAGGAACAAAUCGGCUGGAGGAACGUGACUCGUCUGCUCGUGUUUUCCACUGAUGCUGGUUUCCACUUUGCUGGGGACGGCAAACUGGGAGGCAUCGUGCUGCCCAACGAUGGGAAGUGCCAUCUGGAGAACAACUUUUACACCAUGAGCCACUAUUAUGAUUAUCCUUCCAUCGCUCAUCUGGUUCAGAAACUGGGCGAUCACAACAUCCAGACCAUCUUUGCUGUGACCGAGGAGUUCCAGCCCGUUUACAAGGAGCUCAAGAAUCUUAUUCCCAAGUCAGCUGUUGGCACUUUGUCGUCCAACUCCAGCAACGUGAUCAAACUGAUUAUUGAUGCCUACAAUUCUCUGUCGUCGGAGGUCAUUCUGGAGAACACCAAGCUGCCAGAAGGAGUUUUUCUGUCCUAUAAAUCCUUCUGUAAGAACAAUGUGGUGGGAACGGGCGACAACGGCAGGAAGUGCUCCAACAUCUCCAUCGGAGACGAGGUCGAGUUUGAAAUUUCCGUUACAUCCCAGAAGUGUCCAUCAAACGGGAAACCUGAAACCAUCAACAUAAAACUUCCGGGAUUCAGUGAGUUUGUGGAGGUGGUUCUGAAUUUUAUCUGCGACUGUGACUGUGCGGCGACGGGAGUGCCCAACAGUCCUGAAUGCAACAAGGGCAGCGGGACCUUGGAGUGUGGAGCCUGCAAGUGCAACGAGGGACAAAUCGGUCAGUUCUGUGAAUGCAGCCAAGAUGAAGUACAGACCAACGACAUGGACGCAAACUGUCGAAAAGACAACGGCACAGACAUCUGCAGCAACAACGGGGAAUGCGUCUGUGGUACCUGCAUCUGCAAGAAGCGUGAAAACCCUGCAGAGGUUUACAGCGGAAAGUACUGUGAUUGUGACAACUUCAACUGUGACCGCUCCAACAACAAGCUCUGUGGAGGACAUGGUCGCUGCGAGUGCAGGAAGUGCAUCUGUGAUGCCAACUACACGGGCAACGCUUGUGAGUGCUCCAUGGACAGCUCCACCUGCCUCGCUAAGAACGGGCAGGAAUGUAACGGCCGGGGAAAAUGUGAGUGUGGAGUCUGCAAAUGCUCAGACUCAAAGUUUCAAGGGCCGACCUGCGAACUCUGCCCCACCUGUCCAGGUGUUUGCACUGAGCACAAGGAUUGUGUUCAGUGUUUAGCCUUCAAGACCGGUGAGAAGAAGGACACGUGUCAGCAAGAAUGCACAAAGUACAAGCUGGAAAAAGUGACUGAACGGGAACGCCUGCCCCAGCCCACCGAUGAGCCCAUCCCUCGAGCCAUCUGCAAGGAGCGAGACGAAAACGACUGCUGGUUCUAUUUCACCCUGGCAGUCCAGGAGGAUGAUACGAAGCAGGUCCAUGUGCUGGAGAAGCCGGAGUGCCCGGCGGGACCUGACAUCAUCCCCAUCGUGGCCGGAGUCGUAGCGGGAAUUGUGAUGAUCGGACUCGCCCUGCUGCUCAUCUGGAAGCUGCUCAUGAUCAUCCACGACCGCAGAGAAUUCGCCAAGUUUGAGAAGGAGAAGAUGAACGCCAUCUGGGACACGGGCGAGAAUCCGAUCUACAAAAGCGCCGUAACGACUGUCGUCAACCCAAAGUACGAGGGCAAAUGACGGAGCUUUGCUCUUGCUGUGACAACACUGUAUGGAGAAGAAAAUGGGAUUGGAGGGUGGUGUAUUUUUUUAUGCUCACGUUGAUGUUUUAGUCGCCGAUGCAUUUUGCCACUGUUUGUUUUACUAAUGUGUUCUGAUCUCCUAUGCAUCAUCUGUGUAAAGUUUUGAGUGGAAAGUGAAAGAAUGUGCUUUUGUAAUUUGACCCUGCCUGAUCAUGAGAACCCAGCUGUGCCUUUUUAUUGUUUUACAUAAAAGCUAACAGUGUUGUGUGGAGGGCUGAAUCAGACGUUAAUGAGGAGUUUAUGGUUUUCUCGGUUCAGUUAGAGGCAGUCAGUCGACAUUUGGGGAAGAAAAAAGGAAACGGGCGAUCAAAGUCCUUCCUAUUGAUCUGCCUUCUGACCAAAGAUCUCGCUGUGUUUUUCUCACAUGGGAGGAUUAGUGAUCGCUCUUUUUAAACGCCUCUUUUGGAGCGUAGUGUGUUGUUGCUAAGCUGGCAGCUGUGAAAUGUGUUCAGGUUGUUCAAGGUUUUCUAUAAAGCCAUACAUGAAUUAGCCAGACAGGAGGAAUUGGUGGUGGUAGGUCUUUAGUUUCUCCUGAGUGACUUAGGUUUCCAGAACUGCCUUUUAAAGUGAAAGGACACCCAUUUACAGGAGAAUUACUGCUUCAGUUCCAGGUUUUAUUUCCUUAAUUUAAAAACAAACUCAGGUUCUUCAUUUCUAAUCAGCCGUACCAAAUAUUCCUUUUUCUGUAGCUAGAUUUUUGUUUUACCUGUGGAUUACAAACUGGAAGAGCAUCAACUUUCCUCUCUCUGUCAGUAAUUCCACCAUCUGUCUUUUUAUGUUUUCUCGAUCAAACGUUUUAUACUAAACAAUCAUGAUUAGUGAUAAAGAGAAAAAUGCCUGCAUCCUAAUUUUUUUGUCAUAGUUUAAAAGAAAAAAACUGUUUCAAAGUGCCUUUUGUUCAUUUUUGCCACAUGUUCAGGCAAUCUUUUCUGUAAUUAUUUAUUGAAUAAACCUUCAAAACAUUUGACCCCA